AUGCAGAACUAUCUCGACUCCUCUGUGAUUUCCAUCAUCGAGGACCUCUCUCUGAGUGAGGUGGGAGCCCACACGUGGGUGCGGGAGGUGGUGGCUGGGCUGGCUCUGGCUGUGGCAUGGCAGAGCAAGGCCUGCCUGGAUGCGCAGAAUGAGCUGUCCCUGCUGACUGCCAUCACUGAGAUCCUGGACAGCACGGACGACGAGACGCUGUCCCCCUUCGACACCAUCAUGGACGCGGAGCUGCUGACCUCGCCUCGGGAGCGGGAGAAUCCCUCGUUCCAGAAGUUUCUCAGCUUAUCCCGGCCGUCGCUGGAGGGUGAGAGCCCUGCCCUGGAGCAGCCCAAGGCUCUCCUGCCUCUGACCGGCAGCAGCAGCAGCAUCUCUGUGGUUGGGAAGACUGACGCAGACCUGGCUUGGGACCGUGCUGCUCACGGCGUCGAGGACCCGGCACUGCCGAAGAAGCAAGUCUGCAGCACACCGAGGGUGGAGAGGAUGCUGGGCCGGCACCGGGCCCGAGAGCAGCUCCUGCCGCAGCGCAGCGACGGGGAAGAGGAGGAGGAGGAGGCUGCCUUGAGCCCAGAGCUAGACAGCAGCAUGGAGGCUGCAGAGUUUUGUGUGAGUGGGGCUCGGGCAGCGCUAGAGGAGCGCGAAGACCCCUGCAUCAUCAACACGGGGGACGUGUCCCUGAGCGAGCUGGUGAAGUCCAUGCACCCCUACUGUCUGCCCACCUUCACGGUGUGCCUGGACCCUGAGACCGAGCCCGUGGCCAAGGAGCUCCUGAGUGGUCCUGUCUUGCUCGAAAUUGUGCCAGGUGAGGGGGAGAGUGUGGAGAUUCCCGUGGUCCUACAGCCACUGGCUCCCAGGUUCCCUGACCUGGAGCCGCAGAUCCUGGGAGAGGAGAAGGAAGAGAAACCACCUGAGAAGGAGCCCUCCUGCACUAGCCUGGAGAGCACGUCCCUGCCGGAGACAGCAGCACCCAGAGCCUGGAGCCGUGACAGCAGCUCCCAGCACAACGCAGAGGCACCAACAAGCGGCAGACGUGAGGACACCGUGAAGGGACGUGGCCGUGAGAGAGCAAGGAAGAGUCGGAAAAAGAAAGCAGAGGAGGACCAAAGCGAGCAGGCCAGGCCAGGCAGGGACUGCCUGGGUGCCAGCAGCUCCCAGCACAACGCAGAGGCACCAACAAGCGGCAGACGUGAGGACACCGUGAAGGGACGUGGCCGUGAGAGAGCAAGGAAGAGUCGGAAAAAGAAAGCAGAGGAGGACCAAAGCGAGCAGGCCAGGCCAGGCAGGGACUGCGUGGCCCACCGUUCGGAUGGGGCUAGCGAGUCCUCAUCGUCAUCUUCAUCCUCGUCCUCCCGAUCCCGAUCACGGUCGUUCUCCCCACCGCCCAAGCGGUGGCGAAGGUACCGCUCAAGAUGUUCCCGCAGCUCCUCCUCCCGCUCCAGCUGUGGGUCUUGUGGCAGGUCCCGGGACAGGUCCUCAUCCUCGUCAUCAACGUCCUCCUACUCAUCCAGGUCCACAUCCUGCAGCCAGUCCCGAUCCCGCUCCCCCUCGCCCCGCAGGAGGAGUAACAGGCGGAGAAGAUACAGUUACGAUGCACAGGACCACUACCAAAGGCAGAGGAUCCUCCAGAAGGAACGUGCAAUAGAGGAGCGGCGAGUUGUGUUCAUUGGCAAGAUCCCCAGCAGGAUGACGCGGUCAGAGCUGCGGCACCGCUUCUCUGUGUUCGGGGACAUCGAGGAGUGCACCCUGCACUUCCGCUCCGAGGGAGACAACUACGGCUUUGUCACCUACCGCUAUGCCGAGGAAGCCUUUGCCGCCAUUGAGAGCGGGCACCAGCUGCGGCGCCCCCCUUAG